AUGUCUAAACCAGUGGGAAUCAUUGGAUCAGCUUGCCGAUUCCCCGGCGAAACAAACUCACCGUCUAAACUAUGGGAUCUUUUGAAAGCCCCGAGCGAUGUUCUCAGUGAAUUCACGCCAGAGAGAUUGAACCUUAAGAGUUUCUAUCAUGAGAAUGGAGAGCAUCAUGGAAGCACGGAUGUACAAAACAAAGGUUACCUUCUUUCUGAGGACAUCCGUGUAUUUGAUGCUCCAUUUUUCCGCAUUAGCCCUGCAGAGGCAGAUGGAAUGGACCCACAGCAACGCAUCCUUUUGGAAACUGUUUAUGAAGCAUUGGAGUCGGCUGGAUGCUCUCUUGACCAAGUGCAAGGUUCAUUGACCUCGGUAUAUGCUGGAUUGAUGAACGGAGACUUUGCCGACAUUCAAGCGCGCGACCUUGACACAAUACAGACACACCACGGGACUGGGACACACAGAAGUAUUUUAUCGAAUCGUGUAUCAUACUUCCUUGACGCCAAGGGUGCAUCUAUGACGAUUGAUACUGCUUGCUCCAGUUCCUUGGUGGCCCUCCACCAGGCUGUGCAGAGCCUACGACUCGGCGAAAGCGAUUUGGCCAUUGUGGCUGGCGCGAACCUGAUAAUCGACCCAGGGAUGUAUGUUGCUGAAUCAAAACUUCAUAUGCUUUCACCAGACUCAAGAUCCCGAAUGUGGGAUGCAUCGGCCAAUGGUUACGCGAGAGGAGAAGGAUUCGCGGCCAUAAUACUGAAGCCUCUUGACAAGGCAAUUCAAGACAGAGAUGAUAUCGAAUGUGUCAUACGGGGUGUCGCUGUCAACUCCGAUGGGCGAAGUUCUGGUAUUACGGCAUAUCGUGACGCCGGCCUAGAUCCGCUAGUCGAUCGGUGCCAGUUCUUUGAAGCCCACGGAACUGGUACCAAAGCAGGCGAUCCAGUCGAAGCAAAAGCAAUUUAUCAGGCCUUCUAUCCAGAAGGUGGAAAUGGACUUGAAGACUCGGAAAAGUUGCUGGUCGGUUCUAUCAAGACUGUUGUAGGUCACCUGGAGGGUGCUGCCGGGCUGGCGGGAGUGCUCAAGGCUUCCCUUGCCAUGCGAAAUCGAACAAUUCCACCCAACUUGCAUUUUACCGAAUUGAAUCCUGCCAUAUCGCCAUAUUAUGACUGUCUCAAGAUUCCAACUAAGCCAUCUGAAUGGCCGGCCGUUCCAAAUGGAUCACCUUUGCGUGCAAGUGUCAAUUCCUUCGGCUUUGGCGGCACCAACGCCCAUGUUGUCCUCGAAACUUUCCAUAUAGACUCAAAUGAGGACAAACAACAUACGAGCCACACCGACGAGGGGCGUUUUAUUGGUCCACUUUUGUUUUCUGCCAACUCAAAAGACUCGCUUGUGCAGUCUGUUCAAGCCCACGCCGAUUUUGUUCGCAACAAUGAAGGUCUUGAUCUCGAGGAUCUCACCUAUACACUGGAAUCUCGACGAACCCAUUUUGACAACAGCCGCACAUUCUUCUCUGGGUCCACGAAGGAGAAGUUGAUUGAGUACAUGGACAUUUUCACUGCGGAAAACUCCACAUCCGCUCCGACGGCAGCUUCUAGUGAAGGCCCAGCGCGUUCCAUCGGUGAUGAUGGCCCAGCCAUUUUGGGUAUUUUCACUGGCCAAGGUGCGCAAUGGCCAACGAUGGGCCGUAGCUUGAUCUUACACAACUCGACAUUCCGUCAUUCCAUUGCACUUCUGGAAGAAUCUCUGGCUGAUCUUGGCGAAGACGCACCAUCAUGGUCGCUAGAGCGUGAGCUUCUCGCUGAAGAGGGGGAAUCUCGAGUGACAGAGGCCGCGAUCUCACAACCCCUCUGUACUGCUGUACAAAUAGGCCUUGUGGAUGUUCUGAGCGCGAGUGGUAUCAAGAUGCGCAGUGUUGUUGGUCAUUCUUCUGGCGAGAUCGCUGCUGUCUAUGCUGCUGGUAUCAUAUCGGCUCGGGAUGCUAUUCGCAUCGCAUACUACCGUGGAUUCCAUGCCAAGCUCGCCAAAGGGCCCAGUAAAGAGCAUGGUGCCAUGAUGGCUGUCGGAGUAUCAUUUGAAAGCGCAGCUGAGCUUUGUGAAAAGCCAGAGUUUGCUGGUCGCGUCAACGUUGCAGCAGCGAACGCACCGACUAGUGUGACCCUGUCUGGCGACGAGGGCGCAAUUGAAGAGUUAAAGGUAUACCUUGAUGCUGAGAAGAGCUUCGCAAGAAAACUCAACGUCGAUACUGCCUAUCACUCACACCACAUGAGACCUUGUUCGACCGCAUAUCUCAAUUCCUUGAAGGCCUGUGAGAUUCAAAUCAACCCACCAACUGGGGACUGUUUAUGGGUUUCAAGUGUCCAUGGGGACCCAGAUCUCAUUCUGGACUACGAGGAUGAUGAAAGCGUUCUCGACGUACUGAAAGAUGAAUACUGGGUUCAAAACCUCCUUAGCCCCGUGCUGUUCGCCCCAGCUGUUGAGUCUGCUCUCUGGAGAGCUGGUCCCUUCGACAUUCUUACCGAAGUUGGACCUCAUCCUGCUCUCAAGGGACCAGUCACACAAAUCCUCAAGGCUUCGCUGGGAUCAUCACUUCCUUAUUUCAGCAUCAUGCGCCGGGGAGAUGACGAAGUGGAAGCAUUCUCAGGCGGCCUGGGCUACCUGUGGCAACAUUUUGGACCUGCGGCACUCAUUGAUUUUGACGGAUACCGGGAUUCCUUCGUCCAUCCAGAGAGUCAAAAAGCGGCACCACGCCUGCUAAAAGGUCUGCCAUCAUACAGCUGGGAUCACCGCAGAAUUCAUUGGAAGGAAUCCCGCCUUUCCAGUCGUUUCAGACUGGGAGACAGAAGUGUGCAUGAGCUGCUUGGUCGGCGGGCAACGGACGAUACCCCCGAACUUCUGCGAUGGCGCAACAUUCUUCGCCCAGCUGAAUUCCCAUGGGUGCGCGACCACGCAUUUCAAGGCCAAAUUGUUCUUCCGGGUGCUUCAUAUGUCGCCGCCAUUACCGAGGCAGCAAAAACUCUCGCCGGUAAUGCCCAGAUCAAGCUUCUUGAGAUUCUCGACUUCAAAAUCCCCAAAGCCAUCGUGUUGCAAGAGAAUAAAUCAACAGAGUUGACAACUUCUCUUCGCCUCGUGAACCAAACCGAUGGCCUUCUGUCUGCCGAAUUUGCAUUCUCUGCUGCUGCUGCCGAUGAUGCGAACGCUGUGCUCGAGAAGACAUGCACAGGUCGAGUUGAAAUUUAUCUCGGCGAGACCAGCCCCAAUCACCAACCCUUGCCACUUCCUGGCCCAUAUCCGCCGAAUCUCAAUGAAGUCGAUUUGAAAACAUUCUAUAAGACUCUCAAAGAACUGGGCAUUGACUAUCAAGGAUCAUUCCGCGCCACAAAAUCUGCCGAACGCACCAUGGGGUUUGCAUCAUCCCGGGCAUCUUGGGAAGCUUCAGAUCUUGGAAAUUCAUACACACUGCAUCCCGCAAUUCUGGAUGUUGGAUUCCAUGCUCUCUUGGCAGCAUUUGCGGCGCCUUCAACUGGUCACAUGUGGACUAUGUAUCUGCCCGUGGGUAUUCGGCGCUUGAGCAUUGACAUGGCAAGUUUCUCAAGCAAUUCAAAUGAAAUCAGCACAGUCAACUCUGCUCAAAUCACCAAGUCAUCAGCGAAGGGUAUCGAAGGCGAUAUCCAGAUCCUUCUUGGGUCUCGUGUCGGUGUUCAAGUUGAAGGAAUUGCACUACAAGCGACCGGAGAUCCUCUAGCCAAUAAAGACCGAGCGCUAUUUUCUCAUACUAAAUGGGACGUCGACAUUUCAUCCGGUUUCGAUCGCGUGGUACUCGAGAUAGAGCCAGAUCUAGCCGCUGAUGAUAUACUCGUGGAGGCCAUGGGACGCACUGCACUAUACUAUUAUCGCAAUCUUCUUGAUGAUAUUUCACCACGUGAGAUGAAGACACUCGCCUGGCACAUGCAAAUGUUCUGGCAGUCAGCACAGCAUUGGGUCGAAGAGGUGAGCGCUGGGCGUCAUCCAGAUGUCAGGCGUGAAUGGAUGAAUGAUACACGUGAAGAAGUCUGGACACAGGCUGAGCAGUGUAAAGAUAGCAUUGAUAUCAGGCUCAUGCGUGCUCUCGGUGAAGUGCUUCCAUCGAUUGUCCGUGGCGAAACUUCAACCCUGCAAGUGAUGCUGGAGGAUGAUAUGCUGAACCGAUUCUAUGCUGAAUCCUAUGGACUUUCCCCCAUGAAUGAUUACAUUGCGCGUACUCUUGGUCAAAUCACGCACCGGUAUCCUCAAGCCAAUAUUCUUGAAAUCGGUGCUGGUGUCGGAGGAACAACCCGCAAGAUACUACCCGCUGCUGGAAAUGCCUUCAACCAUUACACCUUCACGGACAUCUCAUCUGGAUUUUUCGAGAAGGGAGCCGAGAAAUUUGCUGCGCACAGGAACAAGAUGACGUUCAAAGUAUGUGACAUAGAGAAAGAUCCGAUCGAGCAAGGCUUCACCGAAGAGGGCUACGAUGUGAUCGUUGCUGCUAACGUGCUUCACGCAACCCGUUGCAUGACCGAGACUAUGCAGAACGUUCGUCGUUUAUUGAAACCAGGUGGCUAUCUGGUAAUGAUGGAAAUCACAGGCGAUAUGAUGCGACUUGGAUUUAUCAUGGGACCGCUUCCUGGAUGGUGGUUUGGCGCACAGAUCAGCGAUGAGGGACGUCAAUGGUCUCCUAGUCUCACCCUUCCUCAAUGGGAUGACAUCCUUCGACGUACUGGCUUCUCGGGGGUCAGCAACACUGUGUCCAACCAUGUCGACCCUAAUCAUCAUUAUGUGUCAACAAUCGUCAGUCAGGCUGUUGAUGAGAAAUUCGAUCUUCUUCGCGCUCCUUUAUCGAAUCUCGGUCUUCUUCCUCCGCUCAAACACAAGCUCCUCAUCUUGGGUGGCGGAACGCUUGCCGUGGCCAGACUAGCCAGAGGCUUGAAGAAGAGCCUCGAAACCUGGGACACGAUUGUAGAGAUUGUGCCCGAUCUCGACAAGAUAUCACUAUCGCCACAUGAACAAGUCUCGGUGAUCAGCCUGCUGGAAAUCGGCCAGCCACUGUUCGCAACGCAAAUGACGACGAAGAGACUGGAGAACAUCCAAACGAUUGUGCGUAGCUCUUCCUCGAUUCUUUGGGUAACUGCAGGUGCACGAGGACCCAGUCCAGUUUCAAAUAUUUUUGUCGGUCUCAGUCGAGCCUUGCGAACCGAAAGACCCGACAUCAGCAUCCAGAUUUUGGAUGUUGACAAAGCAUCAAAUGCAACGGCCGAUGUGCUGGCGGAAUACUUCAUUCGCUUAGCACUUGUGAAGGUGGAUGAAUUUGCAAGCAAGUCCAUGCUUUGGACGACCGAAACUGAGAUUGGCCUUGACGGUGAAAAACUGGUGAUUCCCCGUUUGCUCCUCGACGAUUCGCGGAAUGAGAGAUACAACGCCACGCGGCGCAAUGUGGUGAAAAGAACAACACUAGAAACCUCCGAUGUGGAGAUAAGCACCCAAGGGGAUGUUAUUACGCUAUUGGGCGUAGAAAAGAGUCUCUCUCAUCGCUUAAUCAAUGAGCCUCAGGACAGUAUCCUGGAUGUACAUUUCUCGAUCGCAUUUCCACACCGAGACAGUGAAUGUAUCCUCUCAUACGGCUCUUCUGGCUCUCGAUUAGCGUUUGCAGUGUCCCGGAAGAAUCGUUCCACCGUUCCUUUCAGCUCUCACAACAGCCUGUUCUUGGAUUCAAUCCCUUUAUCGGAUGUGGUCCUUGUGGAAGCCGUUGCUGCACAGCUUAUUGUUCGCAGCCUUGCCAUCACUCUCCCACCAAGAGGAGCCGUUUUGAUAUAUGAGCCACCUUCUACAAGCCUUGUUGAUGCGAUCCAGUCAAGCAAGUUGUGGAAAGACCGUCAAGUAUACUUUGCGACAUCCAAUGCAGCUACUUCCGUUCCUGCAUCCUGGAUCGUAAUUGAUCUACACGCUCUCGGGUCUCGCAACAAAGAAACCAUCCCGAACGAUGUCAAGACAAUACUUGAUCUAUCGCCAUCUGCCUCUUAUGGAUUCGAUUCCUUGAUCCCAACUAACUACGUCAUCCGACGUUUUGAGCCAUCCUUGCUAGAGGCGGAUGGCGAAGGACUGGCUGAAGCAUAUGCUGAUGCUCUUCUGGCCGUCGCGAAGAACAGCAAAUCCGAGACAAGAGCCCUUCUGAUCGACUCUAUUUCUGGACUCUUUCCAUCUGCCGUGGUCUUCCCAGCCGUUGUCGACUGGCGCCAACGGCAUGAUCAGGAGAUUACUGUUCAAGUCGCUCCACUUCAGCCGACCGGAAUCUUCUCUGGGUCUAAAACGCAUCUUAUGGUGGGAUUGAAUGGAGACCUUGGUCAGUCUAUCUGUGGCUAUAUGAUUCGCAAUGGGGCCCGUCACAUCGCUAUCUCGAGCCGAAGUGGUAAUGUGAGUUCAGAAUGGCUGGAUUCCAUCCGAAGAAACUAUCAAGCAGACAUUCGUCUUUACAAAAUGGAUGUUUCUAAUCAGCAAUCUGUUCUCUCGACUCUGGACCUGAUUGAAAGCGAGAUGCCCCCCAUCUGUGGAGUGGCGAAUGGAGCCCUGGUGUUGCACGACAAGGACUUUUUGAAUAUGGAUGUGGAUUCCUUGAACGAGACGCUCAAACCAAAGGUGGAUGGGUCCAGGAAUCUUGACGAAAUUUUCCCCGAUGGAGAUCUCGAUUACUUUGUUUGCUUCUCAUCUGUCGCUGCAGUCGGGAACAAUCGUUCCCAAGGAAAUUACCAUGCAGCAAAUCUUUUCAUGCAAAGCUUGAUCGCCAACCGCAGAGAAAGAGGACUGGCAGGUUCUAUCAUCCAUGUUGGCGUGGUGGUUGAUGCAGGGUAUGUCGCAAGACAGAACCGAAAAUUGGCUGAGGAUCUCUCGAAACAGGGCUUUAUGCCAGUCUCUGAAACUGAUGCACACUUACUGUUCGCGGAAGGCGUGCUUUCAAGCCCAGCAGAGUCUGGGCUGGGUUUUGAUAUUUGCAUGGGAGUUGAGCCAUUUGUCGACAGCCCGGAUGCACCCCUCAGGCCACCAUGGUAUGAUGAUCCCCGUCUCUCACACCUUAUCGUCCAGCCUGAGGAGGAUAAUGGGAACGCAAAGGAAGGAUCUGGUGAAAUGAUUCACAUCCGACAGAAACUGGAAUUAGCUGCCUCAUCGGAGGAAGCUCAUUCAUUCCUGCAAGAAGCAUUUUCCGUCAAGCUUGGUUCAAUGAUGCAGUUGGAUCCUGGAGAUAUCAAUGCUCACGUCCCAUUGUUGGACAUGGGCUUUGAUUCCCUUCUUGCAGUCGAGAUGCGCACCUGGUUUUUGAAGGAAAUCCACAUCGACGUCCCGGUCCUUCGCUUCCUUGGGGGUGACACGGUCACCGAGAUAUGCGCCGAUACAGCAGCCCAGUAUCUGAACCUCCGGUCGCAGAAAGCCACCACCGAUCAUCAGAAAGGCGAUGAUUUGCCUGACCAAGGCCCCAAAGAGAAGCAACAAUCCGAGGACAAAGAUUCCACUCAGCGACACACAAUUGCCGCCAGUGAAAGUGGUGAGCCCGCUUCAACCCCGAGAUCUUCAGGGUCAUCGGACGGGCACAACCUUUCAGAUAUCCCAAGCACGCCUUUCACGCUUGUUUCGACCCCAGAUGUGGAAAAGGUGGUUAGGCUGGGCUAUAACACAGCCCAGGAGAAGAAUGAUGCAAUUUCAGGUACCCAAGCCCGAUCGCGCGCUGAGAGAGACAUCUCCAGAGUCGAAACAAUGUCUCACGCUCAGUCUAGGUUAUGGUUCCUCGACCAAUAUCUAGACGAUUAUAAAACCUGCAACAUCGCCAUUCGAUAUCGUAUCGCAGGCUCCCUCGAUGUUGAAAGACUUUCCAGGGCACUCGCCCAGGUCGUCGCACAUCAUCCUAGCUUACGAACAUGCUUCUACGCCGACGAAAAUACCGGAGAACCAACCCAAGGACUGCUACGCUCACCGCUACCUUCUACCUCUCUUAGAUGCCUCCACGCUCUGAACGAAGAGGAAAUAGAUUUUGAAUUUCAAUCCAUGCGUGAUCGCCACUGGGAUCUUGCAUAUGGAGAUACAUUCGCUGCCACGCUGUUUUCCACGGAGAAGGAAGAUGAGCAUUUCAUCAUCUUCGGCUAUCACCACAUUGUGAUCGACGGUGUCAGCUGGUUCAAUAUUCUUCGCGAUAUUGAGCGCGCCUAUACCGGCAAGCCGUUGAGUCGCCAGGAAAAACUGAUCAUCGAUGCAUCUGUUGAGCAGAGAAAUGCGGUGAAAUCAGGAGCGAUGGAUAGUGCGAUCGAAUUUUGGGGGAAUAUUCACGCCAACUUACCAAAUGUCUUACCUCUUCUUCCAUUUGCUUCUGUCAGCCGUCGCCAACCACUUCGACAAUAUGAUAGUCACACUAUCUCCAUAGAUCUUGGCAAGCAAUUGGCUGAGAGAAUCAAAACUGCCAGCAAGGUUCUUCGAGUGACUCCCUCCAACUUUUACCUUGCAGCCAUACAGGUCUUCUUCUUCAAGAUCCUCAACUUGACAGAUUUCUGCAUUGGGAUAACAGACGCAAGUCGGACUGACGAUGCCCUCGCGAACACGGUCGGAUUUUUCUUGAAUAUGUUACCACUCCGCCUCCAUUUGAAUUCCGGCGAAACUUUCACUGAACUUGCUCGUGAUACUUCUAAACGAGUUCUUGAAGGUCGAGCCAAUGGCAAAGUUCCAAUUGAUGUGAUUUUGGACAGUCUCAACGUGCCGCGAGAUCAAUCAUUCAGUCCCCUGUUCCAGGCUACAUUCAACUAUCGCGUUGGCGCUAUGGCUGAGUCGAGCCUCGGAGGAGACUGCCAUUUUUCUGUUGAGGAUAUUCGGGACGCCCAAAGUCCAUUCGACAUUGGAUUUGGCAUUCACGAAUCUGCCGAAGGCUCAAUCAAUUUGCAGGUUCUCACUCAACGGUACAUGUACAGCAGAGACUCAACCCAACUGAUCUGGAAUGCGUAUGUCAACCUGCUUUGGGACCUUUCCUCCGACACUUCGCAGGCUGUGGAUAAAUACAAUAUCUUGGAGUCAACUGCUGUGGAACAAGGAAUCGCGGUAGGAAACGGGCCACGCGAGACAUGGGAAUGGCCCAGCACAUUAUCGAAGAGAUUCUGCGAAGUCGUCCAGGUGCAAAGGAAUGAAAUUGCCAUUUAUGAGCCUCGUGGGUCUCUCUCAUACGGCGAUCUCGAAAACCGAGUUCUUUUCGUCUCUUCGAUUAUCCGGAAAGAGGAGACCAGUCCAGGUUCUCGAAUUGCGGUUUUCUGUCAACCAUCUUCCGAUCUCAUCGUAUCUAUGCUUGCCAUCCUGCGAUUGGGACAUGUAUAUGUUCCACUUGACACCAAUCUCCCAAAGGAGCGCCACGCUGCUAUUCUCGACGAUUGUGAGCCCGCACUCAUUCUCUGCCACGAAGAAACCUUGGACAAUGCACUUUCUCUCGAGGCCAAUUCUUCCGUGGUCAACCUGUCCGUUCUUCUUCCCGGAGUUUCAACUAGCGAGCCUGUGCCUCAAGAAGACCUUCCAGAGCCAAAUAUCCCGGCAAUUCUGCUUUACACAAGUGGUUCAACCGGCAAGCCGAAGGGGAUACAACUCAAUCAAUUCGGAUUUCUAAACCACCUUGCUCUCAAGACGGCAGAGCUCUCUUUGCGAAAAGAGACAGUUCUGCAGCAAAGCUCCUUUGGUUUCGACAUGUCACUCACCCAGACAUUUUGUGCACUUGCAAAUGGUGGUUCCCUCGUGAUCGCGCCCAAGUCAUCUCGUGGAGACCCCGUCGCUCUCUCCAAGCUUAUGCUAGAGCACCAGGUUACCUUCACCAUCGCGACACCCUCCGAAUAUGCCAUGCUACUGCGAUAUGGACAGACUUGGCUUAGUCGGUGCACAAGCUGGAAACACGCCUGUAUGGGAGGAGAAACAGUGACCAAGAAACUUCUCCAGGCAUUCUCCAACCUCAAUAAUCCCAACAUUCGACUGACCAACUGCUAUGGCCCAACCGAGACUUCUCUGGCUGUCACAUUCAAUGAGAUCUCCAUGAGUAGCAAAGAUGAAAUCUCAGAGUAUGAAUCAGUGGGAAAAGUACUGCCAAAUUACUCGGUCUACAUCCUCGAUGAGAACACUGGCGAGCCAGUGCCACUGGGUUACCCAGGAGAGAUAUGUAUCGGGGGCGGGGGACUCGCCUUGGGAUAUCUUAACCUACCAGAACUAUCAGCAGCAAAAUUCGUUCCGAAUCCUUUUGCUGGCGCCGAGGAUUUGGCUCGGGGAUGGACUCGGAUGUUCAAAACGGGGGAUCGCGGCCGCUUCCAAGCUGAUGGCUCUUUGGUGUUCAUGGGACGGCGACAAAAUGAUAACAUGAUCAAGCUGCGCGGAUUGAGAAUCGACUUAGAUGACGUUGCCAAUACUAUCUUGCACACGGCGGAUAAUAUCGUUGCUGAAGCUGCUGUGACGCUUCGCGGAGAAGAGGAUUCGCAAUUCCUCGUCGCACAUGUCGUACCGCGCCAGGGGCAGGUUGAGGUUCCCACAGAUGUCGAAUGGCAAAAGCUGGCACAGAGGCUCCCUCUGCCAGUCUACAUGCGGCCUUCACUCAUUGUCGCAAUUGAUUAUUUCCCUCGCACGACAAAUGGAAAGAUCGACUACCGCGCUCUUCAAACGGCUGAUCUUCCAACUUUCAAUUGGACAGCUGGGGGGGGCCAAUCAAAAGCUUUCCCUGGAAGAAGGCGAACUCAGUCUCUUAUGGGAAGAAGGAGUUCUCUAUUGUUGAUGAAGCUCCAGGGAGCGAUUCGAGAGACACUCGGGAUAAGUGUUACCGUUGCAGAACUCUACCAAGCAAGUACCAUCGGUCGGAUGGCAGCUCAUAUUCAUCGUGAGAAGGGAGCGCAGAGCCCACUCGAGGCCAUUGACUGGGAAACAGAAACCCAGUUCCUACCAUCGCCAGUCCAACUCGACGCCGCAACCAUUACAGCACCGAUAGCUAUUCGACAGUCAAAUCGCGAGGUCUUGCUAACAGGAGCACAUACCUUCCUCGGAUCCGAGAUUCUCCAAGCCCUGGUCAGCGACAAUUCCGUCAAGCGAGUCCACUGCAUCGCAGUCCCCGCAACAGCCAUCAACAAUAAAUUCGGACACAAGAAAGCAGCUUACUACCCUGGCAGUCUGCAAUCCGAAACUCUGGGAUUGACCUCAGACGAUAUCACCUUCUUACAAUCACGAGUUGACCUCAUUAUCCAUGCCGGCAGUGUUGGGCACUGCUUGAACAACUAUUCGUCAGUCCGCGCGCCGAAUGUGGGCUCCUUACAAUUCCUGGUCAAUCUGGCAAUUCCGCGCCACAUUCCAGUACACUUCAUCUCAUCCAAUCGCGUGACAUUGCUAUCUGGAUUCACGGCAUCCAAAUGGGCCGGUGAGCGUCUGCUGGAGAAUGUAUCAACGUCGACAAAUUUGCCUAUAACAGUGCACCGGCCAUGUGCACUUGUUGGCCCCAAUGCUCCCAGCGAAGAUGCCCUCAAUGCUCUGCUUCGCUUUGCAUUGGAGCAGACUGCAGUCCCGCGGUUCAGAAACCUCACUGGAUUCCUCGAUUUCGCACCCAUUACUGCGGUGGCUGCGAACAUUGCCAGAUCAGCCCUCCAGGUUGACCUUGAGAAUAUCCCCGGGUUCUGCGUUGCAAAUUUAGCAUCUGCUGAAAAGUACUCUAUUAGUAUCGUGCACCACUCAAGUGGAGUCAAAAUACCGAUUGAGAAAUUCAGAAGUCGCAUGGAGGAGUUACAUGGUCGAAACUUUGGGGAAUUGGACAUCACAGAUUGGAUCAAUGAGGCAGUCAAAAGAGGAAUGGAUCCGCUCAUCAGCACCUAUUUGGAAGCGAUUGUGGAGAAGGAUCGGACAAUCGCCUUUCCAUAUCUUGGUGAGCCUUUGAAGAUGGAAGUUUGA